AUGACAUGUAACCAGGAGCUACAGAGUGAAUUACAAUUGGUAACAAGCGAGCUUGCCUUUUCGAUCAAGCGCGAAAUAGCUUUGGAAGCCAAGAUUAGAUCUAAAUCACGGCUUCCCGACAGCUCCGAUUCAAGUAAACUGGCCUCAACUGAUUCCUUAGAGAGAUCGAAAACCAUAAGUGAACUACAGGAGAAAUUGAACAAAGAAAGAAAGUUGAGAUUCAUCAGUGAGGAGCAUGCGAUCCUCGCAGAGCAUGGCCAGAGUCCCAGUGCUCUAAAACUAGACUAUGAAAAAAAUGAAAUUUACAAUCAAUUGUUGGCCAAGAACGACAUGGUUAUCCAAUUGCAGGACAAACUCGACGAUAUAGCUGCGACCCAAAGCAAAGAUGUUGGAAAUGAUCUAGUUGGCCGGUUCAAUGAUCUUUUAAAGGAAAACGCUGCUCUUAAAUCGAAACUAGAGAAGAGUGAAGCCGAAACAAACUCACAUUCUGGCUCAGGCUUAUAUCUGACGAAAGCAACUCCUGAGGAAUUUUAUCACGAGUGUGAUCAAGCUGCAAUUAUGUCGUUGAAAACCCAAAGGGACGAAUUGAGGGACACGAUCACAAAAAUAACAUCAUCUCGAAAUGUCGAACUCAAAGUGGCUCAAGAAAAGAUAAAGAUCUUGGAAGCCAAGCUCGAGAAAGUGAACUCGAUCAAUUCCAAAUUGAGCAAGAGAAUGGAAAAGUCAGUUUCUUCAAAUGGCUCUGCCCACUUUACCAGUGGGCAGGGAGGCAAGCUCCAGGGAUUUUCGAUAAUCGCACCCUCCAAAAAAGUCCUCGACGACUAA